CUCCUCCUCCUCCUCCUCCUCCUCCUCCUCCUCCUCCAGCCUCCCCCCUCAACAAAUCCCCAUCCUUCCUCCGCUUUGCGAUCUCGGCCUGACUCUGCUGCCUCGUCUUCCCCACCCGCGCCUUCUCACGAUCAAACUUCUCCCGCAGCGACGCAAGCUCGCUCGCCAGCUCGAGCGCAGACGACGACGAAACCACAAUCUCCUUCUUCUUCUUCUUCGCUGCCUCCGCCGCCUUCGCAACGGAGGGAUCUAUCGGCGGCUUGUAAUACGGCGCCGACAUCCCUGCUCCUUGAUGAGGUGGUCAGCAGUCUUCGCGGUGCUUCAGGAAGUUGGUAGUAAUCUCAUUAGUCAGCAAUGACAUACUACGCCGCACGAGCCGCACCGGUCAUGUGAGCGCCGCACCGCCGCUGACGCUGAAUAAUCGACGGCGAUGGCGAAUAUAAAGAAGGUCGUUGCUUCUGCUUUGUUCUGCUGCAGUUGUAUUGCAGAGAUAAUACAAAAGAGAACAAACGAUAGACGGAAGAUGGCUUUUGAAUCAAUAGUUGACGAUAGAAAGAUGGAGGACAACAGCGCGACGAGAGCAGUCUCUGCAUCUGCGUCCACGAUCGACGUCAGCGACGACGAAGAAGACAGCAACAGCAACAGUUUGAUGCGGAUAGAGCUCACUAUCUCCUACGGCGGUAAACUGCUCGACCUCGACCUUCAACCCGACACAACCCUCUCCGGCCUGCAAAGCGAGAUCGAGAUCCUCACGGGCGUACCCGUCGCGAACCAGAAACUGAUGCUGCCGAAGCGCGGACUCGCGAAAGCCGAGCAGGCGGACGUGUUUGUGGCGGAGCUGGUGCCGGGAGUAUACGAGUCGCUGAAGCGGACGAAGCUGAUGCUGAUUGGCACGAAGCCGGACGUGGCGGAGGCGAUGAAGAGUAUCAAGACCGCAGAUCGGCUGCCGCAGCGGCCGCAGUCGAGGUACAUCUUCCGUGAUCCGUCAGAGCAGCGGAGGAGGAAGAAAGGACCAGCAGCAGCAGCCGAAGCGGACUCGCAGUACACCUUCCAGAAACUGGUCCCGCUUCCUUUCCUGCCCAACCCGCAUCUCGCACUGAACGUCCUGCAGCGGCUAAAGAACGACCGCGGCAUCCGCGCAAUCAUGAAAAAGUACAAAUGGACCGUCCCCGUGCUGACCGAACUCGACCCGGCAUCCAACACGACCCGCGAGAGCAAGCUGCUGGGUCUCAACCGCAACGGCGGCCAGGUGAUUGAGCUCCGUCUGCGUACAGACUUGUACGAUGGAUUCCGGGACUAUAAGCGGAUCCGCGCCACGCUGUGCCACGAGCUCACACACAACGUUCAUACCGAUCACGAUGCUGAAUUCUGGGCGCUGUGCAAGAAGCUAGAGCGCGAAGCCGUCGAACUUGAUCCGUACGGCCACAGCGGCAAUAAGCUCAGUAACGAGGAAAGAUACGAGCCGGAGGAAGAGGAAGAUGGGCACCACGACGACGGCGCGUGGAAUGGCGGUGCGUUCGUGCUCGGCGGGGGAGAGAGCGCGAUGCCGAAUCAGAGACUCACGACCACGGAUGAGGUCUUGCAGCUUUCGGAUCGUGAGUUGAUGGUUAGGACUUCGGGACUUAGGAGCGCGGCAUAUGAAGCCGCGAUGCGGCGGAAGAAGGCAAAGAAGGACGAGAGUAGAUCUCAGUCUUAGGUUUUUUGUUACUUUAGUAUCUAGGCGUAGGCGCAGGUGCAUUACAUUUACAAUUGCAAUAAAUUGAUUACA